GGAAGAAGCUCCACCAGGUCAGCAGGACGAGAGGAUGAGCAGAGAUUGAGCCCUGCGAUGGCGCGUCUUCUUCAUCAUUGUUUAGACCAGCUAUAUAAGCCUGAGGAGCCUAUGAAGCUGGCUGUCUCACACCCGACGCUCCCAAGGAUAAGGCAGGGAAACUCAUAAUGCUGCGGUGGUGAGUUCGCUGGGCCUUCGGGUCAUCGGAGAUAUAUCUUUCUCCUUCCCCUUGAUAACUUUAGGAUUCGUUCUUCUCAUCAUCUCUACGCAGGUAUCAAGCAAAGCUGGCUGCUCGCCCAUUGCUUACACAGAGCGUCGGUAGUGCUGUGAGUUUCCAACAUGACGCUUCCUUCUCAAGUUUGCAGUUUGCUAAUUGAUGGCCUCUAGGUACUCUUUGGAACCGGAGAUGUCCUAGCCCAACAGCUCGUCGAUAGAGUCGGAAUUGAGAAGCAUGAUUUCGCGCGUACUAGUCGAAUGGUUCUCUACGGAGGAGCAAUCUUCGGACCUGGCGCCACGACUUGGUACAAGUUCAUGCAACGAAGCAUAGUUCUUAAAAACCCCAAGCUUACAUUAGUUGCUAGAGUGUGUGCAGAUCAGACCCUGUUCACUCCUACGCAUCUGACCUGCUUCCUAUCCUCCAUGGCGAUCCUCGAAGGAAAUGACCCAUUGGAAAGGCUGCGAACCAGUUUUGGCACUGCCUACAAGACCAAUCUCAUGCUCUGGCCAUGGGUACAGGCAGCCAACUUCACAUUCGUGCCUUUGGAGCAUCGAGUUCUUGUCGUCAACCUCGUUAGUCUUGGUACGUGUUUUGUUCCAUGCGGCGAGCCUCCCCGCGAAUACAGUACUUCUUUGCUAAUUCUUGACUACCAACCUCUAGGCUGGAACUGCAUUCUCAGUCUCAUAAACAGUAAGGGUGAAAAGGAUAGCGCCUAAUCUGUUUCCCUGUUGUCGUGAAUUCUUGUUGCGCUUUUUCUCGUUCUAAGCAUAGCGAUCCUUCUCCCCUCUCUUGCUUUUUCUUAACGUUACAAAGUGGCCACAGACCGGUCCUGCCACUUCGGCAGAUUUAUAGCAUAGAAUAGUUUGGAAGAUUAUAUUUGUAUUAAUAUACCACCUUCGUUUAGACGAUAAA